AUGCAGCAUCGACAAGUAUGGCCGACUCAAAUUGGAGGUUUUCUAGUCAGCGUCGGGUUUCUGACCGGGAUCGGUAUGUAAUUGGCUAAAUGUAGGACCUAGAAAGGAGCAGCUUAUAUAAAUAUUUUGUAUUUUUUCAGCCAACAUGGCACUUUUCCCCUCAGCGAUUUGCGAACGAGGCCAAGCCGGAGCUUUUAUCUUAGCUUAUGUAAUAUGCGUUUUCCUCGUCGGUUUUCCCCUCACGUAUCUCCAUUUAUGUCUUGGCCAAUACAGUGGCUGUAACCCAACCAAAGUAUUCGGCAAAUUAUGUCCAGCAUUCAAAGGAAUCGGCUGGUGUUGGUUGAUCCUGACCAUCCCCAUGAUGAUCAUCACCAAUAUGAACACUGCAUGGUCUUUGUAUUAUAUGUAUAUAGCUGGGAAGUCUCUUGUUACGUCGACGUAUCUCCCCUGGAGGUACCAUGAGAUGGCGCCGAAGCCCUCGCUAAUUGUUAAUUUCAAUUCCACUGAUAGUAUUGUUGCCGACGAGCCAUCGGAUUAUUUUCAGUAAGUGCGUUUGUGAUCUCUAUUUCUGUUUUAGUCAUAUAUAUCACACUGCGGCACCCAAGAUUGUAAUGAGUUUGGGUGGAGAUCUUGUGCUGCGAGUUGUGAAUAAAGUUAUUGUUCUUGGGAAUAUUGAGUGGAGGCUUGUGGUAGUUCUGGCAUUGGCUUGGCUGCUUGUGACUCUGUGCACUCUCAACAACUCGGUCCACACAAUGAACAGAGUUGUUUAUGUCACAGCAACUCUGCCAAUGGUGAUCUUAUUGUUGUUGUUGAUUCGAGUAAUCGAUCUUCCCAAUGCCCUAGAAGGAAUCAGUUUAUUAUAUCCGGAUACUAACAAGAUCUUUGAGUUUGGUGUAAGUUCCCAUAUCGCGCUCUUAAAAUUAAUGUGUAGGUAAUAUUAAUCUAUCUUUUUAGGUUUGGCAAAACGCAAUCAAACUUGUUUUCUUUGACAUGCAGAUUGGCGUUGGAGUUUUAAUUGCCAUUUCAAAGCAUAAUCGAUUCCACACAAAUGUUUUUAGAGACGCUCUUUUAUUGGUUGUUAUGUAAGCUUCCAAAUUAUAUAUUCAUCUUUUCGUGUUUCAGUGAUCUCACUGUAAGUCUCUGCGCGUCAUGCGUUGCUUUUGGAUUUCUGGGAUUCAUGGCCUACCAAUUAAAUACCGAUGACAUUAGGUCAAUGUGCAGAGGUCAGACGGCUCCUCAUUUGAUCUGGGAUCAGGUAAGAUUGAGCCGUUUCGGCAGCACGACACGUUUGUGGGCAUUGAAUAAAAUAAAAUUGAUUUUAGAUUCUCCGAGCAAUCUCUUACCUUCCGAAGCACGAAGCUAAUCUUUACUGUUUCUUUUAUCAGCUCAUGCUGGGAGUUGGAGCUUUAGAAUGCUCCUUCACCCUCUGCGAAGUCUUCUCUUCCGCGUUGGAUAGGAAGAUCAAGUUAUUUCGAAAAAGAAAAGCGCUCCUCAGGAUCAUAGUGGCCAUAGUUAUGUUUGGGCUUACGUUGCCGUGCUGUUUCCAGGUGCGCUGAACGUUCUCAUUUUUUUCAAUUACAUAAUUUCACAAUCAUCGUUGUGUUUCAGGGUGGGGUUUACAUCUACAAUCUCCUCGUUUUCUACAGUAUGCAUUGGAAUGUCAAAGUUGUUGCGCUAUGCCAAUUUCUGGUUAUUGGCUACUUUUACGGUAAGGAGCACAAUCUAAAUUAAUUAACAUUUCUAUAGGAGUGAAACAUUUAUGCAAGGAUAUUACAAACAUGUUGCGGAUAAGCAAAGAGGAGGAGAAAAGAAUUUUUAUGACAAUAUUUGGGCCUACCGGUUAUUAUGUACGGUAUUCUUGGACCUACCUUUGCCCAUUUGUUGUUACUGUAAGGUUUCGCUCAGAAAUGGCAAAGUUAUUUUUGAAUUUCAGAUUGCCCUUGUGAUGGACUUAAUGGAGACUCCGGAACAUCGGUCAGUAAUGGCUGGGGACUCACAGUUGUGGCAUAUUUUGUCAAUUGUUACUAUCAUUCCUUUACCAGUUAUGGUUUUGUUCAAGAUGGUUAGAAGGGUAGGUUGUUAUCUUACACGUUCAGCCAAAAAAUAAGCAAACUAAAAUAAGUAACCAUAUUUUUAGGACAAAAAGGCCUUCAAACCCUCUGCCUGGAUUGAGAUCAAAACACCAUUUGAUGACUCGACAAUAACUUCUGGUUUCUUCACGGAAACUGACGAUUGGUUUGAGGCUUAUAGAAACAAUGGGAAGAAGAAGGAUUGCACAAUAAAUCCAGCGAUUAUUGGGGUCAUUGACAACAAAGCAGCCACUUUUGUAGAGUUCUCAUCUAGUUCGUAAGUCACUUAAUGCUUGUCUUUAUAAUAAUUGUAAAAUACGGUCAAAUCAACUUUUUUAGAGCUCCUUAUUGGACUCCUCUUCGGCCCAUGAAAACGUCGAUAGAUAUACCUGCACCGGUUUACAACGAAAUUACAAGUACCUCAGAAGAUGUAAAGCUUCCUUUAAUACGAAAAGAUGACGGUGAUGAUGACUCGUGUGAGAGUGAUGUGAAUGAGGAAACACAUAGUCUUUCGUCAUCUUCAAGUAAAUCCAACAGUCUACGAGAUCUUACGGGUCAGCCGAUGUUUAUAUAACCAUUGCAUAUGUAUGUAGAUGUCUAUGUUAAAUUGUAUAUUAUAUGUUUUUGAAUUAAAUUAUUUUGAAAGUUUAUAGCCUUCUCAACCGCCCUCUUAACCCCGUACCGCAUAUCCAUUAUCCCUUAA